CUGUCUGCGGGUUAGGUGUCUGUCUUUCCCAGACGGAGGCGGAGUACCGAGCCGAAGCUGUUUUCCCAGAUCUCCAUUCCCACGUGGCAACUUCCUGACACACAGUGACACUCCUGGCUUUCCAGUGGACCAUUUCACCGUCUUCUUGAUACUGGGUGCCUUCAUGCAGGAUGCUGUAUUCUCUGCUCCUUUGUGAGUGUCUGUGGCUAAUAACCGGUUAUGCUCAUGAUGAUGACUGGAUUGACCCCACAGACAUGCUUAACUAUGAUGCUGCUUCGGGAACAAUGAGAAAAUCUCAGGUAAAAUAUGGCGUAUCAGAGAAAAAAGUCAGCCCCGACUUGUCACAUGCUGAUGAAUUGUUGGAAUGUUAUAGCAAACUUGAUUCUUUAACUCAUAAGAUUGAUGAGUGUGAGAAGAAGAAGAAGGAAGACUAUGAAAGUCAAAGCAAUCCUGUUUUUAGGAGAUACUUACAUAAGAUUUUGAUCGAAGCCAGAAAGCUUGGACUUCCUGAAGAAAACAAAGAUGAUAUGCAUUAUGAUGCUGAGAUUAUUCUAAAAAGACAAACCUUGUUAGAAAUACAGAAGUUUCUCAGUGGAGAGGAUUGGAAACCAGGAGCCUUGGAUGAUGCACUAAGUGAUAUUUUAAUUAAUUUUAAGUUUCAUGAUUUUGAAACAUGGAAGUGGCGAUUUGAAGACUCCUUUGGAGUGGAUCCAUAUAAUGUGUUGAUGGUGCUUCUGUGUCUGCUCUGUAUCGUGGGAUUAGUAGCUACCGAGCUGUGGACGUAUGUGCAUUGGUACACCCAGCUGAGACGUGUGUUAUUCAUCAGUUUCCUCGUCAGUUUGGGAUGGAAUUGGAUGUAUUUAUAUAAGCUCGCGUUCGCACAGCAUCAGGCCGAGGUUGCCAAGCUGGAGCCGUUAAACAAUGUGUGUGCUGAGAAGAUGGACUGGAUUGGAAGCCUCUGGGAAUUGUUAAGAAGCUCAUGGACCUAUAAGGAUGACCCGUGCCAAAAAUACUAUGAACUCUUAUUAGUCAACCCUAUUUGGUUGGUCCCGCCAACAAAGGCACUGGCAGUUACAUUCACCAACUUUGUCACAGAGCCGUUGAAAUACGUUGGGAAGGGAGCUGGUGAAUUUAUUAAAGAGUUCAUGAAGGAGAUUCCAGUAUUACUUCACAUUCCAGUGCUGAUCAUUAUGGCAUUAGCUGUCCUGAGUUUCUGCUAUGGUGCUGGAAAAUCAGUUAAUAUGCUGAGACAUAUAGGUGGUCCUGAGAGAGAACCACCCCGGGCACUUAAGCCAGGUGAUAGAGGACGGCUGCAGGAAGUUGAUUAUAGACCCCAUGGUGGAGCAGGUGAUGCAGAUUUCCCUUAUAGAGGCCACUAUGGCCCCUUUGAGCAAGGCCCGUAUGACAGAACAUAUGAGGGUAGAAGAGAUGGUAUGAGAGAGAGAGAUGUUGACUUGAGGCCUAGGACUGGCAACAAGAGCCCCGAAGUGCUCCGGCCAUGUGAUGUACCCCAGGCAGAGGCGAGAGAGCAUCCCAAGGCCGUACCCUGUCAUAAAUUACCUGUUUUGGAUACAAAGCUCAAAGAAUUUGGUGGAAUCCGGGAGGAAAGCACACCGCCAGAAAGCAGUACUGACAGUAGCCAGUCUACUAGGCCUGUCUCUGGCCCAGACACAUCAGAGAAGGUGGAAGGUUCACCUGCAGAGGAAAAGGCCCAGCUCAGGACUGAUGCCAGAGGCAGCCCAGAGGAAGGCAGUGUGUCUUGCCCAGCCAGCUGUGGAAAGGAUCUGGAUACUGGCCCACGUGGCUAGAGGAGCACAGACUCGGCCCACCACUCGGAGAUAUCCAUUUGGGGAUGCGGUCCACCUUGACAGCUAGCGAGGCAACAUACCA